AGGGGAGAGCUUGUGCCGUAGGCAGGGACAAUGGAGGAAAACGAAAGCCAGAAACUUGAGCUGUGCCCGGCUCUUUCGGCAGACAUCAGGCAGAUGAGGGAGCACACAAAACCAAGUUUGCAUGUAACAUCAUUAGAUGAUGCCGAAUGUCUCCGAUCUAAGGAGCUCCUUACGACUCCAAAUAGUCAUAUGUCUAAUUCGAAGUCUACACGCAACAUCCCUCGAAGACAUACAGUAGGUGGCCCUCGCAGCUCCAAGGAAAUCCUGGGAAUGCAAACGUCAGAAAUGGACAGAAAGAGAGAGGCCUUUCUAGAACAUCUGAAGCAGAAAUAUCCCCAUCAUGCUACAGCAAUAAUGGGACAUCAAGAAAGACUGAGAGAUCAGACCAGAAGCCCAAAGCCGCCGCAGAGCCCACAGCCCACGUUGGGUGAUCAGACGGAGCAUCUCUCCGAAGCGUCGGGGGACUCCCUGGAAGCCAUGUCGGAGGGCGACUCUCCAACGCCGUUCUCCCGCGGCAGCCGCACGCGCGCCAGCCUGCCCGUGGUGAGGUCGGCCAACCAAACCAAGGAGAGAUCUCUGGGUGUUUUAUAUCUCCAAUAUGGAGAUGAAACAAAGCAGCUGAGGAUGCCGAAUGAAAUCACAAGCACAGACACAAUUCGUGCCCUUUUUGUAAGUGCCUUCCCCCAGCAGCUGACAAUGAAAAUGCUGGAAUCGCCUAGUGUGGCCAUUUACAUCAAGGACGAGAGCAGAAACAUAUACUAUGAAUUGUGUGAUGUGAGGAAUAUUCAAGACCGAUCUUUCCUUAAAGUUUACAACAAAGAUCCUGCACAUGCAUUUAAUCACGCUUCCAGAGCUGUUAAUGGAGACAUAAGGAUGCAGAGGGAAAUGGCUUACACAGGCCGCGACGGGCCCGGCGGCUCCCGGCCCGGGUCCAUCUCGCCCAGCCCGAGCGCCAUCCUGGAGAGGAGGGACGUGAAGCCCGAUGAGGACAUGAGCGGCAAAAACCUCACUCUGAUCCGCAACGAGGGCCUGUAUGGAGACCCCUACCUGUUCCACGAGGGGAGGAUGAGUGUGGCAGUGCCGCACACCGGGCACCCCCUCGAUGUCCCUGACCACGUCGUGGCCUAUCACCGUGGGGCCAUGAGGUCAUCGAGCACCUACUGCAACCCCACCAUGCCGCCGGAGAUGCUGGAGCAGUCCCUGUACAGACAGAAAUCCCGCAAGUACCCGGAGAGCCACCUGCCCACGCUUGGCUCCAAGACACCGCCAGCGUCGCCCCACCGGGUGGCCGACGUGCGCAUGGUCGACGUGCACCCUCACCACAACGCCCACGUGCCCCCCCACGCCAUGCAGCCCGACAGGUCCUCUCCUGGCCGCCAGUCCUUCAAAAAGGAGCCUGUGUACGUGGAGGCGAAGGCGCGGAGCGCCAUGGGUCUCACGGGCAUGGCCGAGGUGGCGCCAAGUCCGGCCGACAGACAGGCUUUCGGCUACGGGUCGCCUGCGAUGCCCAAGGACAAGGAGACCAGAGAGAGGAUACAAGCCAUGGAGAAACAGAUUGCCAGUUUAACUGGUCUUGUUCAGUCUGCGCUUUUUAAAGGGCCAAAUACAAGUAAUAGCAAAGAUGCUUCUAGUGAGAAGAUGAUGUUGAAAAUUGUGUCCAGCAAGAGCAGCAUUGACACAACAGAGCGGCGCUGGAAUCCAGCUUGGACGGUGGUGUCUGCGCUGAUCCGUCGGGCACGCGCGGGCGGUGCCGAGCGCAGGAAUGAGAUCCGCGCGGAGCGGCAGCGGAGCUUCCCGCGCUCACGCGAGGCGGGAUUGCUGCCAGGGAUGUCAGUCAAACAGGCAAAAUUGAUGUUGAUUUCUUUUGUGCAACAGCUGCAGAAUCAGGAGAUGCUGAGGGCAAUGGUGAAGAAAGCAGAGCUGGAAAUCAAUGGCAAAAUGAUUGAAACAGUGAAGAGGCUUGAAGAUCCUGUGCAGCGACAGCGCAACCUGGUGGAACAAGAAAGGCAGAAAUACCUCAACGAGGAAGAAAAGAUUGUAAAGAAGUUAUGUGAGCUGGAGGGAUUUGUCGAAGACCUGAAGAGGGACUCUACAGCCACCGGCAAGACAGUCACGCUGAAAGAUGUUGAAGAUGGAGCCUUUCUUUUGCGUCAAGUAGGAGAAGCUGUUGCCACCCUCAAAGGAGAGUUCCCAACAUUGCAGAACAAAAUGCGUGCGAUCCUACGCAUUGAGGUGGAGGCCGUGAGGUUCCUCAAGGAAGAACCACACAAACUCGACAGCUUGCUGAAGCGGGUGCGCAGCAUGACAGACAUCCUUACCAUGCUCAGGAGACACGUUACGGACGGACUGCUGAGGGGUGUGGAUCCCUCCCAAGCUGUGCAAUACUCCACCAUGGAAAAGGCCACCACAACUGAAGCUCUGAAGAACCAGGAGGAGCUCAAGCAUACCCAGGGACACACGCAGCAAAACCUCCCAGCAGUGGCAGCGGAGUCCCAGGUGUCAUCAGUCAAGUCGGAAGUCGUCCCCUUCUCAAACAUGACGGUCCAUCACGUGCAGAGCUCUCCUGUUGUCAUCCAUCAGUCACAGCACUCGGCAGCCUUGGUCAACCACAGCCAGGGUUCUCCUUCCCCAGCCAGCCCCGGGGAAGGCCCCCCAGCAAGCAGCCACUCCGCAGCCUCCCCGCUGGAGCCAGCAGCAGGAGCCCAGGCCACACAGGCCACCCCAGCGCCACACGUCUCCAUGAAUGGUGCCACCAUGCAAAGCCUCUUCAUCGAGGAGCUUCACAGUGCGAGUACCAGAAACCGAGCUGUAUCGAUCGAGAAAGCAGAAAAGAAAUGGGAGGAGAAACGACAGAACCUGGAUCACUAUGAUGGAAAGGAGUUUGAGAAGCUCUUGGAAGAGGCCCAGGCUAAUAUAAUGAAGUCAAUUCCUAACCUGGAGAUGCCUCCCCAGCCAGGCACUGUGACAAAAGGAGACACAGUGGACAAGUUAGAAGUCUCAGAAGACCUUCAUGAUGCAGAGGAGGGGAACGACAAGCUGACCAAGUCCCCACCGCCUCCGCCUCCGCGGCGCAGUUACCUGCCAGGGUCUGCACUAACCACAGCCAGAUCAGGAGAGGUCAUCUAUGCAGUCAGGAAAGAUGCAGCUGCUGUCAAGGAAUGCAGUGAGGACACUGGGCAAACAGCGCAGUCCAAAGCCCCGAAGGAGGACCAGGCCUUGUCUCGGAGCACUGGGCCUGCUGUAGCAUCCGCUGCAAAAGACGAAGAUGAAGAAGAAGGAGAUAAAAUAAUGGCGGAACUACAGGGCUCAAGCGCUGCCUCGCAGACGAGCAGGAUGCCAGUGCCCAUGGCUUCGAAAAGUAGGCAAGGAAGCAUGGAGAAAGGCAGCAAGCAGCACAAGCUCCAGGAUCCACGCCAGUACAGACAGGCUAAUGGAAGUGCUAAGAAAGCUGGUGGGGACUAUAAGGCUACUUCCCCUACCCUACCUGCUUCUAAGAUCCCAGCCUUUUCUCCCACUUCUGGGAAGAGCAACUCCGCACCCGCUUGUAGCGGUGACAGCUCUAACCCUCCUCCUGCACCCACUAAAACCUCCGUUCCUCCCUCUAACCUUCUCGGUCCUCAAACAGGUCGCGUCACCUACUCCACCUCCCUGAUCCCCUCUGUGGCUAACGGCUCCUCCAAGUUUCAGAGCGCGGCUUUCCCAGGCAAGGGGCACCACCCCUCCUUCUCGCUGCAGACACAAAAUGGCCCCCCGCCCCCCUCUUCCUCCUCUCCCUCCCCCUCCUCUGCUUCCCUCCCUGCGCUGAGCCCGCCCGGGAAGAGCAUCCGGACAAUCCACACUCCCAGCUUCACCAGCUACAAGGCCCACAACGGGAAUGCCGGCAAGUCCACCCCAUCCGCGACCAAGGAGCCCGCCUAAAGGCUGAGCACGGCACAUGC